AUGGGGGUCCGGGGGUCCCAGGUCCUGGCGCUGCCCUGGGCUCGUCCUGAAGGCGUCUCCCCCGAGGCUGAGCGCGAGGGGGGGACCCGGAUUCCCGGGGGAGACUUGGCUGCGCUUCGCCGCACGCCUGCGGAUCCCGAGAGGACGAGCACCCACAUGAUCUCGGCGGACGAUGCCGAGUACCCGCGGGAAUACCGGACCUUGGGCAACGGCACCCGGCGCUUCUCCAACGUAGGGCUGGUGCACACCUCGGAGCGCCGGCACACCGUCAUCGCCGCCCAGAGCCUGGAGGCCCUCACCGGCCUCCAGAAGUCGGAGAUGGAGCGCAAGCGGGACGCCUUCAUGGACCACCUGAAGAACAAGUACCCGCAGCACGCCCUGGCGCUCCGGGGACAGCAGGAACGCAUGCGGGACCAGCAACCCAACUACUGGAGCUUUAAGACGAGGAGCUCCCGGCACUCCCAGGGCUCCCAGCCCGGCUUGGCCGAUCAAGCCAAACUCUCCUUCGCUUCGGCCGAAUCUCUGGAAACCAUGUCGGAAGCGGAGCUGCCUUUGGGCUUCAACAGGAUGAAUCGGUUCCGGCAGAGCUUGCCCUUGUCGCGGUCCACCAGCCAGACGAAGCUGCGGUCGCCAGGUGUCCUUUUCCUGCAGUUCGGGGAUGAGACGAGGCGCGUCCACAUCACCCACGAGAUCAGCAGCAUGGACACCCUGCACGCCCUCAUCGUCCACAUGUUCCCCCAGAAGCUCACCAUGGGGAUGCUGAAGUCUCCCAACACUGCCAUCCUCAUCAAGGACGAGUCGCGCAACGUCUUCUACGAGCUGGAGGAUGUCCGCGACAUCCAGGACAGAAGUAUCAUUAAAAUCUACCGGAAAGAGCCGCUUUAUGCCUCGUUCCCAGCCUCGCACAUCACCAACGGCGACCUGAGGCCACGCGAGCGACUCUCCACCCUGCCGCCCGCCCAGGGCGUCUCCCCCAGCCCCAGCGCCAUCCUGGAACGUCGGGACGUGAAGCCGGACGAAGACCUGGCCGGGAAAAACGUGGUGUUGGUGAAGAACGAGGGGUUGUACGCCGAUCCCUAUGGCAUGGUGCACGAGGGGCGGCUCAGCAUCACCUCCACCCAGUCCCUGGCUGGCAUGGGGGACCCUUUCGGCUAUUCGGGGGGGCUGUACAAGCGGGGCUCCGUUCGCUCCCUCAGCACCUACUCGGCGGCCGCUCUGCAGACGGAACUGGAGGACAACCUGUACAAACCCAACGCCCCCAUUUACAGCGACACGUACGGACCCGGCUUGGGCUUCCGCAUGCCCCCCUCCUCCCCGCAGAAGAUGGCCGACGGGCGGCUGGUGGACGUGCAGCCGGGGCAGAGCCCCCACAGCCCUUACUCGGGACCCCCCAGCCGCUCCUAGCCCCUGCAGAACCAAGAGACGGUGAAGACGAUGCUGCGGCGGACGGAGACGGAGAUCAGCGUGCGGGUGACGGACACCAUGCGCAAGCACGAGGACCCCCUGCAGCGCCAGCGCAGCUUGGUGGAAGAGGAGCGGCUCCGCUACCUCAACGAGGAGGAGCUCAUCACGCAGCAGCUCAAUGACCUGGAGAAAUCGGUGGAGAAGAUCCAGAAGGAUUUGGCCCACAACCACCGGCUCAUCCCAGUGCAGGAGCUGGAGGAGAAGGCGGUGGUGCUCAAGCAGCUGGGGGAGACGCUGACAGACCUCAAGGCCCAGUUCCCCAGCCUGCCGAGCAAGAUGCGGGUGGUGCUGCGGGGGGAGGGGGAAGCCGUCAAGUUCCUCAAGGAGGAGCCGAACCGCCUCGAUGGUCUCCUCAAGCGCUGCAAGACGGUGACGGACACCCUCGCCCAGAUCCGCAGGCAAGUGGACGAGGGCGUGUGGACCUCCCCCGGCAACCUCAGCCAGUCCCCCAAGAAGGUGGCCCCCGAGACGGACUUCGGCAAAGGGCUGGAUUUGGAGAUGCCCACCAGCCCCCCCGUCAGCCUCCACCACCUGACGGCGGUCACCGAGACCCUGGGCAUGCCCAGCUUUGGCGGCAGCGCCGCCUCCACGCCGGAGCACAAACCCUCCAAACCGCAGCACGCACCGAAGUCGGGGGGGAAGGGGGACCCCAACGGCCGCCGGGGCUCAGACGAACUGACGGUGCCGCGGUACCGGACCGAGAAACCCUCCAAAUCGCCACCGCCCCCACCUCCGCGCCGGAGCUUCCCCUCCUCCCACGGGCUGACCACAACCCGCAGCGGCGAAGUCAUCGUCACCAGCAAGAAGGAGCCCGGUUUUAUGAAGAAGGCCGAGUCGGAGGAGCUGGAGACCCAGAAGCCCCAGGUGAAGCUGAGACGGACGGUGUCGGAGGUGGUCCGACCAGCGUCCACCCCUCCCAUCAUCGCCUCUGCCAUCAAAGACGAUGACGAUGAGGACCGCAUCAUCGCGGAGCUGGAGGUGAGCGCGGGAGGGGCUGCGGGAUGCCCCAGCUUACCCGCACCGGAGGCGAUGCCCACCCUGCCCUGUCCGCUCACGUGCAGCCAUCGUAUGGCAUCGCCGGGACGGGAUGGCGCAUCUCUGGCUGCCGGGGGCAAAGGCGGUGCGGAGGACGCCGGGGCGGGGGGGAAGGUGGCAGAGGGGCUCUGCGAAGGGCAGUUGUCCCCUCGCCACUCCAUGACGCCGCGCAGCAAGGAGAUUUAUGAAGGCACGUACCAGAGACUGGAUAGCCUGGAAGAAACCAUCCGUGAGCUGGAGAUAACCAUCAGUGAGAUCAGCAGCCAUCCCUCGGUUGAGUUUGUAUUCCCUAAAGAACUACUAGGACAAGAGGGAUCCGAGGAUGCUGGAGAGAAGAUCGGGGAAGGUCUGGGGGAUGUCAAACACAGUACCUGUGACGACGGGACCGUCCUGGACCUCAGUCAGGCCAAAGCUGAUGCUCCCGAGAGUCCAUCUCCAAGCAAGACCAAGCCACCUCUGCUUCCGAAGCCGCAGCUCCCCCUCGACACUCCGCAGGCCGCUAGACCAUCUAAAGAGGCUAGUGAGACUUCCCCCACGGUCUCAGAAAAACCCGCAUCUGGCAGAACAUCCAUCCCCGUAUUGACUUCCUUUGGGGCAAGGAACUCCUCCAUCUCAUUCUGA